GUGGAGUACAGCUGAGUAUAGCUCAGGAAUACGGAGUUUGAGGAAAUUCUGAUAAAAGAAUCUUUGUUUCAAUGUACGAAAAGUGAUGCAAGUAAUAGAAUUAUUGACGUUAUAUCCAUGCGUAGCAGGAUCGCGAUCGUAAAGAAGCAACGAAUCGAGCAAGAAACGUCAGUCCUGUUCCAAAUUCCGGUUCUACAUAGGUUGUAUGUAAACACGAUAAGUGUUGUAUCAAAAGUGAAAAAGGAAACGAAACUGAAACGGCAUGUCAGAUAUUGUCAACCAACAUGAGAUUAAUCAUAGUUACUGGUUCAAAUGGAACGAUUAUCAGAGUCAUUUGUCCGACGUGGUCAGACAAUUGUUGGAGGAGGACUGCAUGGUGGACGUUACCCUGGCUGCAGCUGGGGAACGUAUUCAUGCCCAUCGGAUAGUUUUAUGCGCUUGCAGCACCUUAUUUCGAGAUAUACUGAGUCAAGUGAACGAGGAUCAUCCAACAAUAAUAUUAAGCGAUAUAUCUGCUCAGGACAUAAAGUCCAUCAUAGAAUUUACUUAUCAUGGAGAAGUACGGGUUCCAGUUGAUAAUAUCAGUAGCCUGUUGGAAGCAGCACGCUCAUUAAAAAUCUGUGGUCUUAUAGAGAUCGAUGGGCUUGACGAUUUUGGAUCUUUUGAAAACAGUAAAGAUUUUAAUGAGAGCACGGAAGAGCCAAUGACUGUAAUUAGUGAAGGAGAAGAGAAUGUUAUCGAUGCACUGCAACAAGAUUAUGAGGACUUGGAGGAUCAGCAAAAGGCAGAAGAAGAGACAACUGAAAAUUGUACUUUGAAUAAGAAAAAGAAACGCAGACGCGAUACAAGCAAAAGAGAAUACAAUGAUGAUAUGCUAGCGUCGGCGAUUAACGAUUUGAAAUUGGGUCAAACGUUGAUAGAAGCUUCGACUAAACACAAUAUACCGCGUUCGACUUUGUACAUGCGUGCAAAAGCAUUGGGUAUACAUCUAAAUGCUUCGAGGAACGAAUAUCCCGCAGAGUGCAUGAAAGCUGCUAUAAACGCGGUGAUCGGCGGUUCGAGUUUGCAGCACGCAUCGGAAAUGUUCAGUAUACCGAAGACCGUAUUAUGGCGGAGGAUACAGAAAGAAGGAUAUCAGAUAUUACGUUCUGAAAUGAAAAGAUCUUACGGUUCGGACAAACGGGAAGCCGCGGUCAAGGCUUUGGAAAGGGGAGAAAAUCUUACGAAAGUUGCGCUUGAGUUUAAAAUUCCGAAAACUACUUUGUUUCGAGACAAAGCUCGAUUAGUGGACGAGGGAAAGCUACCUUUAUCGUAUUGGAAGAAGCGUAAAACGGAGAACGAAGAAUUGAAGAAGUCUCGUUUAGAGGAAGCGGUCGCUGCUUGCAAAGGUGGAAAAAUGUCGCAGGCAAUGGCGUCGAUGACUUACCACAUCCCAAAGACGACGAUAUGGAGACGUCUUCAGCAGGAUGGUAAAAAGUCGGAACGAUCUUUGAACUCAAGGAAACAGAGAACAGCGGAUUCGAAAAACAACGCGGAAGCGAAGAUUCACGGACACGAGGAAUCUGAUUUCGCCUACUGCGAGGUAUCGUCCGAAAUACCCAUAACUUACAUCGAUGAGAACAUACCUGAAGAUUCUGUGAUAAUAUUGACGGCAGAAGAUAUGGAUGGGCUCAAUUUAGAGGAAGGACGACAAAUUAUUGUUAACUCGGAAUCAGGCCAAGAAUAUGUUCCCUGCGCUAUAAGUAUCGAAGAGAAUUCAAAUUACUCCCAGACGGAAAGUUAGCGUAUGGAUUGUGAUCAUCUGCCUGUUCAUUAAUAUCCAUUUUGUACUAUAACACUUGUAUGAACGUAGAUUUCAACUUAAUAACAUAUGCAUUAGAGGACACGUACAGUUUAAUAGCGUGUAAAGCUGACUAGUAAAGGAAUAUGCACUCGAAGCCAGAGUUAAUGGGAUUACAACUGGCAACGUGCGAUCGUGUCUUGUAAUUUAACUAUUCGUUACUCUUUAUUUGACUAUUUAUUUUUUUUAAGGAAAUAAAUCAUUUGAGUUAAAAUUAA